AAUUUAAGUGGUGGAACUAAACAGAAGGUAUGACGAAAAAUUUGCAACGACUUCAGUUGAAUUUGGUGUCGGCAACGGUUGAUUUUGCACUGCUUAGAAUAUUUAAAUAGCAGAAAGUAUACUUAACAGUAAAAACAUCAUUUCUAGAGAUUCAACAUUUAAAAUCAUGGUCAAUACCCCGAAGAAAAGUUCCACGGACGUCGUUGAUAAGGAAAAGGAUAAUCCGAGGGAUAAUCAUACAAACGCGACACCUACUCUCAAUACAAGUCCAGACAAAGCAAAAGUUACUGAAGUUGACAAAACACUUCGUGAAUUAGAAGAUCCACUGUGUUCACCGAACAACGUACAAAAAAUAACAUUCCAGGAUGUGACGACCGCAGCAUUUCUAAUCAAAGGAGGUAUUGAAUGUACACCAUGCCCGAAAUCACAAUUAUCCGGUCAAUUAGGAAUGACAAUUUAUCUGAAGAAAGAAUUUCAGCAGUACACUGGAAGUUUCAAAGAACGCGGGGCACGAUAUGCUUUAUUGAUGCUAAGCAAUGAACAAAAGCAAAGAGGAGUUAUUUCGGCAUCGCUAGGAAACCAUGCUCAGGGACUUAGUUAUCAUGCUCAAUCAUUGAACAUUCCUUGUACAGUUGUUAUGCCAGCUGCAGCGCCGAUAAUGAAAAUACAAAAAUGUCGCAACUAUGGUGCGAAUGUGAUUGUUCAUGGAUGUGAUAUGGCUGAGUCAAAGAACUUAGCAAUGGCCAUUUCGAAAGAGAAAAAAAUCGCUUACAUCAACGGCUACGAUCAUCCGCACAUUAUAGCGGGACAAGGGACAAUUGGGCUCGAAAUAUGUGAACAGGUGAAAGAUGCUGAUGCAAUUGUAGUUCCGGUGGGCGGAGGUGGACUAAUAGCUGGAGUUGCAUCUGCCGCUAAGUCUCUGCGACCAAAUAUUAAGAUUAUUGGCGUCGAGUCCGAAAAGUGUCAAAGUUUUACGAAUGCCAUGAAAAAUGGAGCUCCAAUUUACACACAGAAUUUACCUACUCUUGCCGAUGGUCUUGCUGUUCCUUGUGUUGGUUAUAAUGCAUUCGCCACGGUAUUACCACUGCUCGACAAAAUGGUUGUGGUGAAAGAAGAAUGGAUAGCUCUGGCCAUCUUACGUUUAGUUGAAUUGGAAAAAUGUGUUGUUGAAGGAGCAGGGGCGGCUGGUCUUGCUGCAAUUUUAGCUGGGCAUUUGAAUGAAUUCAAAGGCAAAAGGGUGGUUCUCUUACUCUGUGGAGGCAAUAUUGAUACUACCAUAUUUGGUCGUUGUUUGGAACGUGGUCUGGCUGCUGAGGGACGACUGUUGAAAUUCACUGUCACAGUUAGUGAUCGCCCCGGAGGCAUUUCUGAUUUAUGUAAAUUGAUGGCAUCGGUUGGCGUAUCAAUUAAAGAUAUAAUGCACGAACGAGCUUUCAUUCGAGACAUCUACAGUGUCGAAGUGAAAGUGAUUUGUGAGACCAGGGAUUGGGAACAUUCGGAAGAAUUGCGGAAACUGUUAACGGAAAAUUAUACUCGAGUCAUUUUCAGUGACGUACCUUUGGCAAUAACGCCAACUGAAACGGACGCACCAAAAUGAUGAAUUAAGAAGGACAAUGUACUGUGUAGCUGUACUAGAAAAUUUUAAUUAAUAAAACAAUGAGAUAAAAA